CUAACUCCUCCUCUGGGGUCCCCUGAGGCCCUCCUGAGGAAACCAGCAUGGAAGCUCUGCAUGUACCUGGUUCUCCAGCGUAGAGAAGAUUCCAGGGAGAUCCUAGUGUAGCCUAGGAUGGAUCUGGGGUCAGGCAAUGGCCAGGAUGGGGACUCAGAGACCACCUUCCAGCUAUGGCUACAGCUACUCCUCUGGGCCCACCUGACUAUUCGUUUCCUGAGCUACUUGCGCCACACCCUCUGGGCACCUAAGCCGCAGCCAGCACCCUGAGCCUCCCUGGUCAGGGGCAGACAAGCCCCAGAUCAUCCCAUCCCACUCUACCCCUAACCUCCAUUGCACCCUCUGCUGGAGGAGGCGGAAAGCAGAGGUGAGUAUGGGGCUGCUGGCUGGGGGUCCCUCCAUCAUUCCUCUUUAUCUGCCUGUUCCUCCUGGCACUGCCCCUCCCUUGUGCCCCAGCCCCAAAUCUGGCAAGCCGAUAGCACCAGAGGGUACAGGGAAGAGCUGUGCUAGGACCAAGGCACCCUGUGGAGUCUCUUAGUGGGGUACCCAAGUCAUAAAAGCAGGAGAUGGCAGUUCUCUGGGUUGGCUGAAAGCAAAAGGGAAAGUCGGAGCAGGCAUUCUGGAUUCCUCACGAGCCCACUUCUCCCUACCUUCCUGGAUGGGUGAAUUUAAGAGUUCCAAGAGGGUACCCUCUCCUCCAUCUUCAUUCAGAAUUUAGUGUGUAUGUUGGAGUAUCUGAGGAAGGUGGUAUAUGUCAGAAAAGAUUCUGCUAGGGAAAGCAUUGGAUGUGGUGCCAUCCCCAGAUUCAGAGAGGUCUUUCAGACAGUUGGUGGCCCAGCCAGGCACCAGCCUAGUAUACUCCUGACCAUUCCUUGACUGCCCUCUCUUUGCCCAGUCAUUCUUUAUAGGACUUUCAUGAUCAGUGGUCUCUCCUCCAUCUGCCACUCUUAUAGCCCCAUGGAAGCCUCUUCUGUCUGAAUGCUAAAGGAGAGCCUUGGGGACAUUGGAGGAGUGGUGGCUACCCAAAAAGGCUGUGUGGGACUCCUGGAACUCCAUAUGUGUGGGACACACAGGUGACAGGCAAGGCCAAAGUACAAAUGUGCAGGACCCCUCAGGGUGGCAACCAUCCAAGCACAUCAGGGAUUGAGGACAGGUCUGUCUGUGGGUCACCCUAGUGCACUACGACCUGUCAGGAGCAAACCAGUUAAUUUGUGAGCAGUGGGGUCCAGCAGGCAACCUCAGGCCUGGUCAGUCUUCUCCUCUGUACAAGGAGAAUAAUAGCAGCUCCGAGCUAUCAGGGUAGGACUUAAGCAUAGAAAGUGUUCAGCAUGGGGCUGGCACACAGGCACAGCCCCUAGCCCAGGGGCUAGUUACAAGAAUAACUCUGUAAUAUACAAAUCCAUCAGGCCACACAUUUAAGAUCUGAGCACUCAAUGUAUCACCUGUAUUUUAUAUCUCAAUUUUUUAAACACUUGAAAGCAAAAUUAAUAGUUGACAGUUAUGUGGCAACUGUCAUGAUCCUCAUGCAGGCCACUGUCCAACACCUUUUGCCAAGAUUAACUCUUCAGUCCUCACAACCACCCCACCAGCUCGUUACGGUUAUUAUUCCCAUUUUACAGAUGAGGAAAACUGAGGCCCAUAGAAGUAAAGUUAGUUGCCUACUGUCACACAGUUUAUCAGGGCUCUGACUGGGAUCUGAGCUUGAUCCCAGUCCCAGAGUCCUGGUCCUUCACUGAUUUGCUGGGCUGCCUCAGGGCGCUGGCAAGGAUGACUCUUUUCAAGCCUCAGUUUCUUGGAGUGUUAAAUGGGAAGAAGGAUAAAAGGAAAGUUGGCGAGCUAAUCUAAUGAGAUAGUGGAGACAAAGCAGCAGGCUCAGGGUCUGCCCACUGAGAAAUUAUUCUUGGGGUACAGAGGGGCCCUUGGGGAGUGGACAUUAGGUGAGGCUUCCCUAGAACCAGCUCUGGAGCCAGGACCACUGAAUUGGCAAAAGUGGGAACAGGCCCAGCUGGGACCCAGGCGACAGCUGAGCCCCCAAGGGCGCCUGCUACCCGAGCCCCAGAGGCCUCCACCCUGACCAGCCUCCCCAGAG